AUGAUUCGAUCUCAAGUGCCUCGUCUUUGUUUGGUUUUUAGAUUGUGUUUAGUCGUAGGGGUUAUUGUUACACCAGGUGGGACUCAUGCUGCCCCAAUCAGGGCUCAUGGUGCACUGAAAGGGCCCAGUGAUUCACCCAAUAGGACCCAUGUUAACCCAAGCAAGCCUAUUACUGCAUCCGAUAAGACCCAUGUCAUAUCGGAAGGGAAUACUGAUGCACCUAAUGGGACCCACGCUACAUCAAAAACGCCUAGUGAUUCACCCACAGAGGCUCCGACUCCGGCACCUGCUUCUGUUGCAUCGGAAGGGCCUAGUCCCAGCCCUAAAGAAAAGCAAGUGCGACCAUUUUUUGUGUUUGGCGAUUCUUUGGUUGAUAAUGGUAACAAUAACUUCUUGUAUACAAGUGCACGUGCUGAUACACUGCCUUAUGGUAUCGACUCUCCCGGACAUCAACCUACAGGGCGUUUCUCUAAUGGCCUCAACAUCCCUGAUGUUAUCAGUGAAUAUAUCGGGUCAGAGCCCUUAUUACCAUAUUUGAAUCCUAAACUAAAUGGUAAAAAACUUCUCGUCGGUGCAAAUUUUGCUUCGGCCGGAAUCGGAAUACUUAAUGAUACCGGAUUUCAAUUUAUGAACGUACUUAGAAUGCCGUUACAGCUCAACUACUUCAAAGAGUACCAACAACGAUUGAGUUCUGUAGUGGGUGUUAAACGAGCAAAAGAGCUCGUAAACCAAGCGUUGGUCCUUGUUUCUUUGGGCGGCAAUGAUUUUGUGAACAACUAUUACCUAUAUCCGUUCUCGCUCAGGUCUCAGUCGUCCAUGCUUGUUGAUUAUGUUCCGUAUGUCAUAUCUGAAUAUCGCAACAUUUUGGUGAAACUGUAUGAUUUGGGAGCAAGGAGGGUGAUCGUGAUGGGUCCGGGACGGAUGGGAUGUGCACCAGCCGAGCGAGCCCAACAUAGUCUAGACGGUGGAUGCGCCCCUGAGCUACAAAACGCAUCGGCCUUGUUUCAGCCACAACUCGAGCAAAUGACACAAGAACUUAAUGCUAAGUAUGGCAGCGAUAUUUUCAUUGGUGCCAACGCCCCGCUCAUAAAUCAUGAUAUGAUCACGGAUCCUCAAUCAUUUGGUUUUAUAUCAUCAAGUACAGCUUGUUGUGGACAAGGACCGUUCAACGGGUUAGGUACAUGCACGCAGCUUUCAUUUUUGUGCGAGAAUAGAGACCAAUAUGUAUUUUGGGAUGCUUUCCAUCCAUCUGAACGAGCAAGCAGGUUAAUCGUACAUCAAAUCAUGAACGGUGCAGAAAAGUACAUGAAACCGAUGAAUCUUAGCACCAUCAUGCAUAUUGACUCAUACAUGUAA